AUAAACUGCUGCCCAAAAGCAAGCCUCGGAGAACUUCAAUAACCUCCAGGAAAGCUUGAGGUUAGGGAGACUAGCACAGCCAAAGAAGACAUGAGGAGUCUGCUGGCACUGCUGGUCGUGUCCCUGGCCCUGGCAGCACUCUGCUGUUGUGAGAAAGAUCCCAAAGAACCCUCAGGAUCUCUCAGUGCUGACAGCAUCAAGAUUAAAAAAGAAGUUGCCAAUGCCUUUGUGAAGAGGAGGAAGAGAGCCAGCCCUUAUGAAUGGUACUUGGAGUACUACAAAAGCCCCAUGGAGCAGAUGCACGAGCGCUGUGAGAACUACCCGCCCUGUGACUAUCUCUCUGACCAAGUAGGGUUUGCCUUGGCCUACAACCGCUUCUUUGGGAGAUACUGACCAGGGGAAGGUCUCUCUGCUCGUUUGGCUUGGAGCACUCCAAACCCUACAGGAGAAAGAAGUCGUGGUUGGGAAGGAGGGAAGGAAAACAUCUGGACUGGCGUCUUCUUCUGUUGUCUCCCAACCAGCUGGAACACCAAGGCAGGGAUUAUCCCACUUCCAUUAACUUUCUUCCUUUCAUCAAUAAAGUCUCUCUUCAGACAUA